AGGGGGGCGAAACAUGUUGGUCUUCUAUAACUGGAUGGUACUUUCUUCUUUUCAGUUCGUAAGUGAGAGUUACUGUAUAAAGUUCUUCGUAAGUGGUCAUUUAAAAAGUGUAACUGCCUGCUACCAACAUGAAGGUAGCAUUGUCAAGCAUCAUCACCCUUGUUCUCUUCCAAAAUACCGUAAGUCAGCAGCCUCCACUGAACGAUUUUGAUGUAGAUCAUUCAGCCACAUUAUCUAGUCAAGAAUUAGAUUACAUUAAUGAAUACAUAGAAGAGACAGGUAGGAAAAAGAGAUUUGUGAGUCAAGCCGUGUCCAGUGCGGCACUUGGAUCGGCAACCGCUGGAUCCCGACAUAUUACAAAUAGCAUAGGAAAACUUAUUGGAGGUGCUAGCAGAAGCAUAAGCAGCUUUAGUGAUCAUUCUGGAAGCGGAGGUGAUAGCGGAGGACAUCAUUAUGGACCACCACCAGAACACCACGAUUCUUCUGGUAAAUUAAAGGAGGCGUGGGAAAUAAAGAAGAUCAUCUUGAGCAGCCUCCUCCAGGCAGCCAAAGCAGUCAACGGUGGUCUUCUGGCUAUCGGGGGAAAAUUAAUUAAAGGAAGUGGGUAUUUGAUAGAAGCCAAAGGUAGAUUUUUAGCGUCCAAAGGUGACGUCGUUUCGGAUUUGGGGAAAAAAAUCGUUUACGCUGCCAAAACUCAACCGUCAUCAUGGUCUUCUUCUGAUCACAGUAUAGAAAUUCCUGUCAGUCAUCAUACAUCGUCUGGUCCAGGAGGUAAUUAUGGUCCUCCACCGUCACACUUCCCUUCUGCUCCUUCGUCAGGCUACGGUCCUCCUCCUCCUUCGUCUUAUCAUGCUGCAGAAGAGUCUUACGAACAUUUACCAGAAGGUAUUGAGGCUGGUCUUUUAAUACUGAAGAAGGUACAAAAGAACGCGAAAACUCCAACAGCAAUAGAUGCAGGAACAUCCGGUAUUCCUCCAUUUAAAUAUUUACCUUUAGAAACAGAUCCUUCGGCACCUAUACCUAAUUAUCCACCACUGACAAAUGACCCACUUCAUUCUUCUGAAACUUUGAACAACGGCGAUUCUCUCAAUCUCAAUCUUUCGCCUCCAACAACAAUAACGAAUGGUUUAAAUGCCGGUCUUGGAGCAUACGUAUCACCACCUUCGUUAUUAGAAUAUUACAAAAACGUCCAAGAUAUAGAGAUAGGAACCCAAAAGGAUUUGGGUGACUUCAACAACCCGUUCCAAGACCAAACUUAUUCCACAUCCGAAGACGUUCCUUCAUUACACUCAUCUUCAAGUUCCUCCAAUGAUUUUCUUGCCACGAAUCCUUUUACCACUGACUUCAGCAGUGAUUCUUCAUCUUCAAAUUUUCUAAGUACUUUUUCAGAAUCGAAUUCGAUAGGUACGAAUGAUAUUUCUGAUAUCAAAGAUCACACGUUUCCUCCAAAAUUUCCUCCUUCACUUUCGGACAUGAAGCGUCCAAAAUCGAAAUUCCGCUUCUAUGGUAGUGGUGGUGGCAAGAAUAGGGGUAGAAACGUUAGAGUUGCACAAAUAAGCAUUAACUUGGCUGAUAAUGCUCCCCAAAACCAUCCAAAAUACCGAAAUGUUUCAGUUCGCUUUAAUCGGGGGAAGAGACCCAUUAGUGUGUCGAAAUCAGUUGCUUACAAAAUAGGCCCCAAUGGACCGACAAGGAUAGACUGAUAUGUGACUGACUAACCAUAUGACAAGAGAUAAGACGAAGACAAGGGAAUUUCAAC